AAGGGCGGGCGGGAAAGGCGGACCCGGAGCUGCAGGAGAGCCGCGGCCGGGAUGGUCGCGCUGCGUGCUGCUGUGGGGCUGGCGCUGUUCGCGGCGCUGGCAGCAGGUGCGGCUCUGCAGCCCCCCCGGGAGCUGUGGGGGUACGUGCAGGUGCGCAGCAAGGCGCACAUCUUCUGGUGGCUGUACUACGCCGACAGCCGCACCGCGGGAUUCGCCGAGCUGCCGCUCAUCCUCUGGCUGCAGGGAGGUCCGGGAUCUUCAGGCUGUGGAUUUGGGAACUUUGAAGAGAUUGGUCCAUUAGACAAGGAACUGAAACCAAGAAAUACAACCUGGUUGCAGGCAGCCAGUAUCUUGUUUGUGGACAAUCCUGUGGGCACUGGAUUCAGCUAUGUAGAUGACUGUAGCUUGUUUGCCAAAAACCUAACCACAGUAGUCUCCGAUAUGAUGGUUUUUCUUAAUGAAUUCUUCACACACAGAACAGAAUUUCAGAACGUCCCAUUCUACAUAUUUUCUGAGUCUUACGGAGGUAAAAUGGCUGCUGGCAUUGCUUUAGAGCUGCAUAAGGCUGUACAAGAAGGAAGCAUAAAGUGCAAUUUUGCUGGAGUCGCUCUUGGGGACUCAUGGAUUUCUCCCCUGGAUUCUGUGCUGUCUUGGGGACCCUACCUUUAUAGCACUUCUCUCCUUGAUGAUCAUGGUCUAGCAGAGGUGACUGCUGUUGCUAAAGAAAUAAUGGAUGCAAUAAAUAAAAAUGAGUAUGGACUGGCCACUGAGCUCUGGAGUAAGGCUGAAGGUAUCAUUGAAGAGAACACAGACAAUGUGAACUUUUAUAACAUCAUGACUAAGGAAGUUCCAGAAAUGAAAGCAAAUGAACAAGAAAAUUUUCAUCUUGUUAGGCUUUACCAGCGUCACGUGGAAGUCAUGCAUAAGAACAAUCUAAGUGAAUUGAUGAAUGGACCUAUCAGAAAGAAACUAAAAGUUAUUCCUGACUGUGUAAAAUGGGGAGGUCAGUCCACAAAAGUCUUUGAGAACAUGGCUGAGGACUUCAUGAGGCCUGUCAUCGACAUUGUUGAUCAGCUCCUAGCAGCCAAUGUCAGCGUCACAGUCUAUAAUGGGCAGCUGGAUCUCAUUGUUGACACCAUGGGCCAGGAGGCAUGGAUCCGAAAACUGAAAUGGCCCGGCUUGAAGGCGUUCAGCCAGCAGAGGUGGAAGGCGCUUUAUGUGUCCCCAGAAUCCACGGAUACAGCUGCUUUCCACAAGGCCCAUGAGAACUUUGCUUUCUUCUGGAUUCUUAAGGCUGGGCACAUGGUACCAUCUGAUCAAGGAGAGAUGGCCCUGAAAAUGGUCAGGAUGGUGACCCAGCAGAAGCACUAGGGAAAGGGAGGCCAGCUGGUAUGGCCUCCUGCUGAGUGCCAGUGUUCUUGUGGAAUGCGAGUUUGAGAACAAAGAAGCUGCAGGAGGAACAACUGCUAUUUGGACACAGCCUCUCUGAUCGUCCUGAUGUUGCUUGAAAGUGUUUAUGAAAAGGCAUAUUUCUCCUUGAAUAAGCUCUUGCUUUUGAAUUUCUAAGAUGUGAUUUGCUUAAUACUUAAUGACUUUUCCAAGAUAAUUCCCGUGUCAUAAACAACUGUAAGCUGUAAGCCUCUGCCUUUGUCUUGGGAGGAUUUUGUGCUUUUGUAAAAAAGCUGUCCUCCCCAUCUUGUUUGUUUGAACAUCAAAACUAAAAUGGACUUUUGUCCUGAUAGAUUGGCUGCUUGUUCCCCUCUAAGAGCAAACCUGCUUUAUGAGGUUUUGAAGUAUUUCCUUUCUUUGUCCUUGGGCCUUCGUCCUUGAGUUACCUGGCUGGAUUAGAAGCUGCAGAUUUGAAGAUGCCAGGAUAGAAGACCUGCACAAGAGAGUCUACAGUCCAUCUCAGUGAGAUGAGAUAUGUGAAUUAGGAUGCACAGUUCCUCAGGCUUUCUCACAGCCUCCCCUCCAGGGGAGGACUUGAUCUCUUUCAUCUGCCUGUUUCUUCAUUUUCAUUCACUUUUUAAUGAAUUUUGUCUUUAGCCUUAACACCUGAAGCACAUCCAGCAGCAAUUCCUGCUUUCCUUUAUGCCGAAGGAGGAGCCCUGCUAAUACCCUCUUGUGCAGAAGAGAAUCCUAAUGAAAUAAAGCCUCCUACAAGCUUCUGAGCAUAGGCUGGAGAGUGGAAAGCAGAAUGUUAUUGAAACAAUAUUAGCAUAAUACUGGAAGUCAAUAGGAGUAUCUAAAACAAGUGUUUACAAAAAGCCAAUAUUUAUAUUACUUUUUCUAGAUCUCUUAAGUCCUGUAGAGACUUCCUGUUUUUGGAAGCAACAUUUCAUAUGGAAUACUGUCAAAAGAAGACUUGAUCAGACAUCAUUUGACUUCUGCUGUGGAGUGUAAGGUGACCAUUUUUUAUCACUGUCUGGUAGGAAGCAUAACAGCUUGUUCCAGCUGUCAGAAUACCAAACGAAUAGCAACCAGCCAAUUCUUCCUGCAACUGAAACUAUCAUAAGAUGUCUGAUAUCAUUGGCUUAGCAAAGACUGAGGCAUAAUGAUAUGUAAACACACAUGCAGUCUCCCAGCAGAUGGAGUAUUGGCACCUACUAAUUGCUUUCCUUCUUGUUCUGUGCCUGAACUGUGUUCAUGAGAACUUCAGCAGUGCAAAUCCAGACUUUUCAAACACGUAUCUUAAUAAAUACAAGAGGUUCAAUGUAA